AUGGCGUCCUCCCUCCUCUCCACUCCGUCCCGAACCCUAGCCCCGGCUCCGGCCCCCGCAGGCCUCCGCGGGCGGGCAACGGCCCAGGCGCACCUCCCGCGCGCCGGCCUCGGCCGCGGCGUCGCCCCCCGCCGCAGCUGCGCGCUCCGCGUGCGCGCGUCGGUGGCGAUUGAGAAGGAGACGCCGGAGAGCGAGCCGCCGCCGACGUUCCUCCGCGAGGACGGGCAAGGCGCCGGGUCCGGGUCCGUGCGGGCGCGCUUCGAGGCCAUGAUCCGCCGGGUGCAGGGGGAGGUCUGCGCCGCUCUCGAGGAGGCCGACGGCGGCGGCGCGCGCUUCGUCGAGGACGUCUGGUCGCGCCCCGGCGGCGGCGGGGGCAUCAGCCGCGUCCUGCAGGACGGCCGCGUCUUUGAGAAGGCCGGGGUCAACGUCUCCGUCGUCUACGGCGUCAUGCCGCCCGACGCGUACCGCGCCGCCAAGGGGGAGGCCGGCAAGAACGGGGCCGCCGCCGCGGAUGGCCAGAAGCCUGGCCCCGUGCCAUUCUUCGCCGCGGGGAUUAGUUCGGUGCUUCACCCCAAGAAUCCAUUUGCUCCAACAUUGCAUUUUAACUACCGUUACUUUGAGACGGAUGCACCAAAAGAUGCACCUGGUGCACCAAGACAAUGGUGGUUUGGCGGUGGUACUGACUUGACUCCUUCAUACAUCAUCGAAGAGGAUGUGAAGCAUUUCCAUUCUGUUCAAAAGCAAGCAUGUGAUAAAUUUGAUCCAAGUUUUCACCCAAGAUUCAAAAAAUGGUGUGAUGAUUAUUUUUAUAUUAAGCACCGUAAUGAGCGGCGUGGGCUUGGUGGAAUAUUUUUUGAUGACCUUAAUGAUUAUGAUCAAGAAAUGCUUCUCAACUUCGCUACAGAAUGUGCGGACUCUGUACUUCCUGCGUACAUACCAAUCAUAGAACGGCGUAACGACACUCCAUUCAAUGAGGAGCACAAGGCAUGGCAGCAAUUGCGGAGAGGUCGUUAUGUGGAGUUCAACCUAGUUUACGACCGUGGUACAACAUUCGGCCUAAAAACUGGAGGAAGGAUUGAGAGCAUACUCGUGUCCCUUCCACUCACAGCACGGUGGGAGUAUGAUCAUAAACCGGAAGAAGGGACUGAGGAAUGGAAACUUCUGGACGCGUGCAUAAACCCGAAGGAUUGGAUCUGA